AUCGGACGUACUCCCUCUAAGUCAAUGAAUGACUAUAAAUACAAAGACUGUCUUUCUGCCAUUAACUCGUACCACUAAUUAAUUUUCUCUCAAAUUCUGGUCUUUCUAGAGAGAGUUUCACUAAAUUCGAAAAACCUAUGGCAAAAAAACAUCGUUCACUGCACAUUUUCUUAACCCUUUUUUCCAUCAUUUUCUUCCAAGCUUUAUCAGAAUCUCUUCCUUCUGGCGAACCUACACUUCCUCUUCUUGCUCUUAGGAUCAAGCCUAAUCUGACUUCGGCUGCAACCUGCACUUUUAGAGUUCAAAUCAGUACAAGUUGCUCUUCUGUGAAAUACACCAGGGAUCAAAUCAGCCUUUCUUUUGGUGAUGCGUAUGGAAAUCAGGUGUAUGUGGCAAGGAUUGAUAAUCCAGCGUCUCGUGCUUUUGAGGCAUGCUCCACAGAUACCUAUGACAUAAACGGUCCAUGUACGUAUGAUGUCUGCUACGUGUACUUGUACCGAAGGGGAUAUGAUGGCUGGAAUGUGAAGAGUGUACGUAUAUCCAGCCCUUACAUAAGGACCGUGACUUUCAACUACAAUGCUUGGAUACCAAACGAUGUUUGGUAUGGGUUCAACUACUGCAAUGGAUCUUCCGCUCACGGUUAUAAUAAGCCUCAAUUAAGCACCCUUAUUAUGACCCUUGUUGCCCUGCUGUUUUUCUCACUGGAAUGAUGCUUCUGAUACACUUGAACUCGGUGUUCAACUCUUCGAUUGGGCAUUCUUUUAUCGCCUUUUCUUCCGGAGAGCUAUAUGAAGAAAUAGUAGGAAAUGAUCGAAAAGCGAGGGUUCAGUUAGAGAUACUUCAUUUUCUCCGUACUUAGUUUACAAGAAGUUCCACCGUAGAUUUUGAAUCAGACACAUUACUUAGUCUUCUGCAUUUUCGUACGUAGCUGCUGUAGUCAUUCAUGAAUACUUUGUAAAGAUUCCUGAAAGAUAAUUCACAUUAUUAGCAGCUUAUAGAUUUUAUUAUAUUUUUGAUUGAAAUGGUAUUUUGUCACAUUUGGGCAUAUUCAAUCA